UGAGUUUCUCCAUGAAGAACAUUCUGGACUUACCUGGUGGUUCUGGUUCCGAUGACCAGGAGGAGGCCGACACCCAUGAGAGUUCCGUCAAGGCUCCUUUUGGACAGAACUGCGAACUACGCCGCCAGCUGCAGCUGUCAGUCCACCCGUGUCAGGACGUGUCCGUGGACGCACGGCAGGAAGCGGCGAGCGGCGAGGUUGAGCGGCGUGCAGGCGGCAAAAAGCGACGCGUCCUCUUCUCCAAAGCGCAAACGUCCGAACUGGAGCGGCGCUUCCAGCAGCAGAGAUACCUGUCUGCGCUUGAGAGGGAGCACCUGGCCGGCCUGAUCCAGCUGACCCCAAACCAGGUGAAGAUCUGGUUCCAGAACCACCGCUACAAGACGAAGAGAGCCCGGGCCGAACGCAGCUUGCAGGCGCUGCGGCUGCUGCAGGCGCGCAGGUGCGUCAUUCCGGUUCUGCUGCGGGACGGAAAGCUAUGUGAACAGGUCAGAGGUCAGAACCAGCUGUGCUUAGGUCUUCCUGUGUGGACAUACACACAGGUGCCGAACCCGGAGCAGACCCGCAUGGCUCAGACUUGGACCAGCUGGACCUGCUGAAACACCACAGCACCGGCCUGGUUAGGUGUUGGACAUUUCUGAUGUUUAUCGACAUUCUUUCUGUGUGUGUUAACAACAACAACAACAACGACACGUGAGGAAAC